GACACGCCGCCUCGUCGCCGCCGGGGGCCGUCGCAGCUGCACGGCGACACGGCCACAUCACCGUUCGACGCCGCGCGUGUGUUGGCAAAAAGCCAACAAUCAUUAAGGCAAAGAGCACAGAGAGAGAUAGAGAAGACAGAGAACUAAAUCUUUGAUCACGCGAGAUUGCAAGAACCUUCACCAUUCAGGCGGCCUAGGAGGGAGGUGGAUUCGCCGCCCCGGAUGAGAUGGGCGGUGGCGGCGGGAAGGCCGAGAAGGCGCGGCGGUCGGCGCGGGUGAGGCUGUGGGUGGCGCGCUCGAGCACCGUACUGCUAUGGACCUGCGUGGUGCACUUCGCAGCCUUCCGGGAGCUGUGGGCGCUGAGCGUGCUCACGGUGUGGCCCGGCUGCCUCACUCAGCCGCACGUCGUGCAGCAGCUGUCGGAGGCGGUGGCUAUGGCGGACGGCGGCGACAGGGGGGCAGCGCGCGCAGUCGUGCUUCCGCCGAAGAGAAUCUACAAGAACAAUGGCUAUCUGGUGGUUUCCUGCAAUGGUGGACUUAACCAGAUGCGAGCAGCUAUUUGUGACAUGGUGACGAUUGCAAGAUAUUUAAACGUCACUCUUAUAGUACCAGAGUUGGAUAAAACUUCAUUUUGGGCUGAUCCUAGCGAGUUCCAAGAUAUAUUUGAUGUGGAUUACUUCAUAGCAUCACUAAGAGACGAGGUCCGAAUACUGAGACAACUGCCUCCGAGGCUGAAAAGAAGAGUUGAAAUGGGAUUUAUUCACUCCAUGCCGCCCAUCAGUUGGUCUGAUAUCUCAUAUUACCAUCAUCAGAUUCUACCACUGAUAAGGAAGUACAAGGUCCUUCACCUGAACAGGACUGAUUCUCGUCUUGCAAAUAAUGGCUUACCCAUGGAGAUUCAGAAACUGAGGUGCCGUGUCAACUUUGCUGCAUUGAGAUUUACCCCUGAGAUAGAAAAGCUGGGCAGGCGUCUGGUUCAAGUUCUUCGUCAGAAUGGACCUUUUGUGGUUCUUCACUUGCGGUAUGAGAUGGACAUGCUCGCCUUCUCUGGGUGCACACAUGGUUGCAGCAACGAGGAGGCUGAAGAACUCACAAGAAUGAGAUAUGCUUACCCAUGGUGGAAGGAGAAAGUGAUUGACUCCAAUGCGAAGAGGAGAGACGGGUUGUGUCCACUGACGCCAGAGGAGACUGCAAUGGUAUUGAAGGCGCUCGGCAUUGAUCCCAGUUAUCAAAUAUACAUUGCUGCAGGUGAAAUAUAUGGUGGGCAAAGAAGAAUGGCUGCCCUUACCUCAGCUUAUCCCAAUGUGGUAAGAAAAGAGACAUUAUUGCUUUCAGAUCUCAGGCUUUUCCAGAACCAUUCUUCCCAAAUGGCAGCAUUGGAUUAUAUGGUAUCCUUGGAAAGCGACAUUUUCAUGCCCACUUAUGACGGUAAUAUGGCAAAAGUUGUUGAAGGUCAUCGCAGAUAUUUGGGGUUCAAGAAGACGGUACUGCUAGAUCGGAAGCUUAUUGUUGAGCUCGUUGAUCAGUAUAAAAGCGGCACGUUGAGCUGGACCGAUUUCUCGUUUGCUGUCAAGGCAUCACAUAAUGGCCGCAUGGGCGAACCGUCUAGGAGGCAGGUGAUCCCUGACAAACCUAAGGAAGAGGAUUACUUCUAUGCGAACCCUCACGAGUGUUUGCACCAACCAGAUGACCUCCCAGGCUUGUGAUACCCGCAGUAUAUCACACUUUACAGGACUGUGAAAGACUAUACUUCAGAUUGAAUCGGCAAUAACUGGAGGCCCCGUUUGUUCUGAUGAACAAGCAUAUGAGAAAUAAAGGGCCUCAUUCGGUUAGGUGAUUAUUAGAUACAGAUUGGCGACAUGAUUCUCCCAUUCUUUUUUGUUCAAAAUAAGCAAUCUUUAUUUUUGGUUUGUACAGAUAAAGUUAGCAUGAAUUGGAACGAGUUAGAGGGGUAGAAAUUUAUUUUUCUAGUUGUUCCUAAUUGAGCUCGUAUGCUAUGCAUAUACAUACUGAGUAUAGUAAAAACUCAAAAACUUCACUGUACAAUUGGGUACUUGAGUUAGUGUUACAGGUGUUUGUUCUAUC